AUGCCUGUGGAUUCGACCGUCAUGAUCAUGGUUAAACGGCCAGUAGCAGGAGGCAUGCCUGCAUUCAAGCUCAUCAGUCAAGACCCGGCUAGGCAUUUUGCCUACAACCAACCAACUGGUCACGGCCUUUCAGUCAGAAGCAAGCAACGCAAGCACAUCCCACUAGAGGUCGUUGACGCCAGUCGCAAGUGUCUGGUCGCCAGGACAGCCAUCGCCCAGGCCGUGUCUGUUCGUCAGGAGAAGGCUCAGGGGAAGGCAUUUGCUAAGGAGUGCCAAGGAGAAGAAGAAAGCAUAGGCGGGUGA